AUGAUGGGUUGUUGGGUUUCGAGGUUUUCGAUCUGGGUUUUGUUCGUAUUGAAUCUUGCAUUUUGCUCUAGAGGGUUCGAUCCUGUCGAUCAAUAUUACAUCAAUUGUGGGUCGUCCGGCGAUGUCACCGUCGGCAAUGUGACCUAUGCUGCCGAUAGAUCCGCCUCUAAAUACCUUUCAACCCCUCGAGACAUAUUAGCCGACCCCAAUCUGAACGAUGAAUCCCUUUUCAGUACGGCCCGAAUUUUCACCGGCCCGUCUAGGUACACUUUCCCAAUCAAACGGGCCGGCCGGCACUGGAUCCGCCUCCGAUUUAACCCGUUUGUUUACCAAACUUACGACAUGAACAACGCAAUUUUCUCCGUUUUCUCCCAGAAAAAUCCCCUGCUCAGCAGCUUCACCCCUAAUCGAAAUUCCACCACCGUGAAAGAAUACUCCGUCAACCUAACUUCCGGCGACUUCAUCCUCACCUUCUCCCCCUCGGAAAACUCAUUCGCUUACAUUAAUGCCGUCGAGGUCGUUUCAUCUCCAGACGAUCUCAUCACAGACGAUGCCUCUCUCUACAGCCCAGUGGGCCCCUUCGUCGGGCUUCUAACCGAAUCCCUCGAAACAAUCGCUCGGUUAAACAUGGGCGGAUCGUAUAUCUCUCUUGCUAACGAUACAUUGGGCCGCGAAUGGGUACCCGACUCUAACUACCUAUCCCAGCCAGACCUCGCCGCCAGCGUGUCCAAAAUCCCGGCCGUCCGUUAUCCGCCAGGUGGCGCCUCGCCGGAGACCGCCCCACCAACCGUUUACGGCACCUGCACUAAGAUGAAAUCCGACGACGACCCGCGGAGCGACUUCAACGUGACGUGGCACUUCCGCGUCGACCCGGGUUUUCGCUACUUUCUCCGACUCCACUUCUGUGACAUCAUCAGCACGUCAGCGAAUCAGCUCGUCUUCAAUGUCUACAUCGACACGUCACUCGUGGCGCCCGAUCUCGAGCUGACAACAGAAACCUUCGGCCAGCUGGCGACCGCGUAUUAUACGGACUUUGUUACGCCUUUGAUGGACAAAAAUAACCUCACCGUGAGCAUCGGCCCUUCUCCUCAGAGUUCUUACCCGGACGCGAUUCUCAACGGGCUCGAGAUUAUGAAGAUGAACGAUUCGAGAGGAAGCUUGGCCGGUUUGUUGGUUUUGCCCGCUUUCUCGGGCUCGAAAAGGAUAAAACUCGGACUAGUCGUGGGUUUAAGCGUGGGUCUUUCGAUAGUUAUUGUCGUUAUACUAUUGUUAGUCUACCGGCGAAGGAAACGGCAAGAACGCAUUAAAUACCUUAAAUCGUGGGUCCCGUUUUCGGUCAACGGCGGGGGAACUUCUCACUCGACGGGAAGUAAGUACUCGACGGGCACGGUUUUGAGUGUGGCGCCGAAUUUGAGCUAUCGGGUCCCGUUUUUGGCCGUUCAAGAGGCGACUAAUAAUUUCGACGAGAGUCGAGUGAUUGGUGUGGGAGGGUUCGGGAAGGUUUACAAAGGAGAACUACACGACGGGACAAAAGUGGCCGUCAAGAGAGGAAACCCGAAAUCCCAACAAGGAAUGGCCGAGUUCAGAACCGAAAUCGAGAUGCUUUCUCAAUUCCGGCACCGACACCUCGUCUCGUUGAUCGGUUAUUGUGACGAGAAAAACGAGAUGAUUCUCGUUUACGAGUACAUGGAAAAUGGGACACUGAAGAGCCAUUUGUAUGGGUCGGGCCUCCCGAGCCUGGGCUGGAAGGAGAGGCUCGAGAUAUGUAUCGGGUCAGCUCGCGGGCUGCAUUAUCUUCACACGGGCUACUCGAAAGCUGUGAUCCACCGUGACGUGAAGUCGGCGAACAUAUUGCUCGACGAGAAUCUCAUGGCCAAGGUGGCGGAUUUCGGGCUUUCGAAAACUGGGCCCGAUCUCGACCAGACCCACGUCAGCACAGCUGUGAAAGGGAGUUUUGGGUAUUUGGAUCCCGAGUACUUUAGACGGCAGCAGCUGACUGAAAAAUCAGAUGUUUACUCGUUUGGUGUGGUUUUGUUUGAAGUUCUUUGCGCGAGGCCCGUGAUCGACCCAUCUCUGCCGAGAGAAAUGGUUAAUCUUGCUGAGUGGGCGAUGAGGUGGCAGAAGAAGGGCCAGCUGGAGCGGAUCGUGGACCCGAAUCUUGCGGGUAGGGUAAAACCCGACUCGUUGAGGAAGUUUGGUGAGACGGCAGAGAAGUGUUUGGCGGAUUUUGGGGUCGAUAGGCCGUCUAUGGGAGAUGUGUUGUGGAAUUUGGAGUAUGCGCUUCAGCUUCAAGAGGCGGUGGUCGAGAAUGAUCCGGAAGAGAACAGUACGAACGCGAUUGGACAGCUGGCAGCUCGGUUGGAGGCUUCGGGUGAUUCUGUGGCUCGGUUGGAGGCUUCGGGUGCAGUGGAUGAUAUUUCGGGUGUUUCGAUGAGUCGUGUUUUUUCGCAGCUGGUGAAAUCCGAAGGUAGAUGA